AAAAACGAUAAAGAAACUACAGGUGUUUCUAUAUAAAUAAAUCAGCUGACUUUAACGACCUUCAGCUCAAUCGAAUAUCUUCAUUCAGAGCUUACUCAUACCUCAAUCUUGUCUUUCGUUUCUGAAACAGCCAUCAGCAGGUUCGGGGGCCAUCCCUGCACAUUUGGCAGGAAUCGACGGAUUUGCCUUGAUUAGACUGCAGCACGUUCAUAUGGCGAUUUCCAUGCAAAUGAAUAUCAAUUUGAGCAAAAUGGUUUCAACAACAUCAAAAUUCGGGUUCAAGCAAAAGCCUUAUAAUAACAAGGUUCAAGCUAUAUCAUGUAGGGCUGAUAAUUUAGCCAUGCAAAGAGGAAAGAGCAACUUUUAUGAAGUUCUUUCUCUUGAUUCUGAGAAUGUAGGUUUAGCUGAAAUAAAGAAGGCUUAUAGAAGAAUGGUUCUUCAAUACCACCCCGAUGUUUGCCCUCCUUCAGCCAAAGAAGAAUCCACAAAGCGAUUUCUUGAGCUUCAAAUGGCUUACGAGACACUUUCGGAUCCAGUUUCUCGUAAAAUGUAUGAUUAUGACUUGGGUUUGGUUGAUCCAAUUGGGUAUGGAGUUUGGAAUUGUUUGAUGGAGGAAAGAAGAUCAAAAUUUCCCAGAGACGCUUGGGAAAAACAAGUCGAUGGACUGAAGAAACGAUCUCAUGUUAGAAUGCAGAGGAUGAAAAAUAGGUCGCGGCAGAGAUAAUUAAAGAUGAAUUUGGUUUUUUUUUUUUAUAAUAAUUUUUGUAUUAAUUAUUUUUUUCAUAUAUAUUAAUUUUCAUAAUUUAUUAGUUUUCUUCUUUUUGUGGAAAUAUCCUUCUUUUUUUGUUUCAUACAAUUGACAAUUAAGAAAUUAAGGGUUUGUGUUAAUUAAUUC